AUGAAACCCGUCCUUGCCGAUGUUUGUAGAUUAUCCUUAGAAUCACAUGGAUCGCUCGCCAAUUGGAACGACUGGUGGACAUACGAAGGCAUUUCAGGCCCUGAUUUCUGGGGACGUCUGAACCCCGGUCUCUGGGGCUUAUGCAGCAUGGGGCGACGACAAUCUCCAAUAAAUAUUGAACCUCAACAUCUCCUGUUCGACCCAAAUCUCCAACCGCUACGAAUUGAAACAGGACGAGUCGGUGGGGUGUGUUUGAAUACAGGACAAGGCGUGGUCUUUAGAGUGAACGAGAACUCGUUUGCGGAGGAUUCAAAUCAGACGUCGUCGUCGUCGGUGCAUAUCGCAGGGGGACCUCUCGCUUAUUCGUACCGAAUCUACGAGAUCCAGCUCCAUUUUGGACGGAGCGACCGCGGCGGAUCAGAGCAUUUGCUGGCGGGGACGGCUUUCCCUGCAGAGAUCCAGAUCUACGGAUACAACAGCGAUCUUUAUGCCGACGCAUCCCAAGCGCGGGCGAGAGCGCACGGUAUCACAGCUGUUGCGGUGUUCGUGAGGAUUAUUCAAAACGCAUCAGCAGCUGACGCUGGCACGUCGACGAACACCGAACUCGAUGCUCUCACGAGUAGUCUCCAGUACAUCCUGCACAAGGGUGAUAGCGUUUCGUUGCGAUCCUUGUCAGUCUCGGAUCUGAUUCCCCCAAAAUCUUCGAUGAUAACCUAUGACGGCUCGUUGACCUCGCCAGGAUGCGAGGAGACCGUCAACUGGAUCAUCCUGAACAAACCCUUGUACAUAACACAGGAUCAGUUAGGACAGAUGCGUAAGCUGAAGCAGGGCGAAUCAUCAACCCCAAUGGCUCCCCUGGGCGACAACUUCAGGCCGGUCCAACCGCUCUAUCGCAGAGUAGUCAGAACCAACAUCGACCUGUAUCCAAACAGCGAAACCAUCGACAAUCGCGUAGAGCCCGCGUGCCCAUCGAUGAAACUCAAGAAGUUCUACCAAGUUUCACCGGAGGUCCUCGCUGGUGCCAUCCCAAGAACGCUCACAACAUUUUGA